UGUUCUUCCACACCCUAAAGACUGGGAGGAGAGACGUUCAACUGCAUUCUUCUUCUCUCCCAGUAACCAGCGAAUGGAUUGGCUCUGAACAGGGAGAGUGUGGGGAACAACCCAUCCUAGAAGUGUGCCGUACAGUCUGACUUUCAGUUUUUUACACUUCAGUUUGUUUGAAACAGCACACUGGAGGGGGUGUGAACGUCAACAAAACUCAAGCGCACCGACAGAAGAAGGUCCCUGGCUUUGACAGUUUCACAGGGACACCAUGACGUCCCAGAAAGAACCUCAGGAGGGGCUUUCAGCCCCGGCCAAGGUGACAGGACCCAGCUCCUGGUCCCGGGUCAGCUGCCCCUGCUGUAUCUCCAGCCACAUAGAGCCUUUGGUUCUGAUCCAGCUGGCUGAGAACAUCCAGCCCAUCACCAAACAGUGGAUCAUGUCUGUGAUAUCUGCACCUAAGAACGCAGGAAAUAACAACAAUAUCACCCACCCCGGUGAGGACAUGAAAGGGGACAUGAUAGUUGUGGCGGCCCCUCGCUGUACCCUUCUCAGAGUGACUGAGGACCUGGGCCUCUGCAAAACCUACCAGGAUGGAAACAUGACGGCCUUCUCCUUUGAGGACCGUGACAACUUUUGCAACAUUGACGACAUGCAGCAGUUCCUGACGCUGGCCGAGAGGCAGUACAUCGUCAAACAUGAGCUGGAUUCCAUGAGAGCCAGAGAGGACCAGCGUAUCCCAGGAAUCCCAGCACCCAAAGGGAAGCUGAAAGCCAGAGAGAGCAUCUUACAGAAGCUGGAGAAAGCAGGCGUGAUUCGUAAUAUCACCCCUCUUCAUAAGCAGAAGCUGCUGUCGGCUCUGGGGAAGCAGUGGUACUCUCACAAGAGUCUGUGGGGGCAGCCUUUAGACUCCAUUCACGCUUAUUUUGGUGGCACUAUAGCCUAUUAUUUCAGCUUCCUGGACUACUACACUUUGUCAUUGUUUCCUCCAGCCAUCCUAGGCCUCUUCAUCACGUUUUUCCUCCCCAGCGCAAACUUCUCCAGUGGAAAUAAAACUGAGAGCGCGCCGGCACCGCCAAAGGAUGACGAUGACACGCCUUCAGUCAGCUCCUACAUGGUGCAGGCAGUCUUCAGCAUGCUGUGGUCCACAGUAUUCAUGGAGCUGUGGAAGAGAAGGAGCGCAGCUUUAUCCUAUCGCUGGGGCACUUUUAAUUUAGCUGAACAAUUUCAAGAGCCCCGACCGGGUUUCCACGGAGAACUCGGCACCAAUCCGGUCACAGGCAGAUUGGAGCCGCUGUUUCCCGAAUGGAAGAGGAGGCUUAGGAUAGGUCUGGUGUCAGUGCCUGUGGUCGGGGUGUUUUUGGGUCUGGUGGUCAUGGGGAUGGCAGGUUUCUACUUCUUUGAACGGCUGUUCUCAAACUGGCACAAAGCAUCUGGAUCAUACUUCACAGCAGUCUUGCUGUAUCUCCCUUCUAUAGCCCAUAUUGUCUACACUAAUGUGCUGGGGAAUAUAUAUCGCAACGUGGCCUUGAAGCUAACAGAAGCAGAAAAUCAUAGGGAGGAAUCAUCUUUUGACUAUCAUCACACCACCAAAGUCCUUGUGUUCACCUUUUUUAAUAACUUUGCUGUGCUGUUCCACAUUGCCUUCUUCAAGGAGGACAUGCCUCUUCUGCGCAAGAGGCUUUCCUCUCUUCUGAUCGUGACCCAAGUGGUGAAUCAGUUCACUGAGGUGGUGGUUCCUUUCCUGGUGGACCGUUUCCUCACAUCUGCAGACAGGAACCUGAAGGAAGAUGAUCCAGAGGUGGACCAUCUCCAGGCUCAGGGCAGUCUCCCCGCUUUCCCAGGCCUGUUUGCUGAGUACAUCGAGCUGCUGGUUCAGUUUGGCUACUUGAGCCUUUUCUCUUGUGUUUAUCCCCUCACUGCCCCUCUGUUACUGCUCAACAACCUCACAGAGAUCCGCACAGAUGCCUACAAGCUCUGCAAGCUCUUCAACAAGCCCUUUUCCGCCCCUGUGGCCAACAUGGGCGUAUGGCAGACGGCGUUUGAGGUGCUGAGUUUCAUCUCAGUCAUGUCUAACUGUUGGCUGCUGCUUCUGUCGCCACGUGUGAAGGACCUCACAGAGGACGCCGGUCUCAGCAGCAGCAAAGUUCUCGUCAUUGCUGUCAUUGUGGAGCAUGCCCUGAUCAUGGUGAAGAUGAUUUUGGCCUUCAUGAUCCCUGAUGAACCAGAUUGGGUCCGAAUCAAGAGAGAACAAAUCGAGUAUCACUCUAUGCAAGCACUUAAAAAACAGAGGAUCAUGCGCUCUCGUGUGGAGGAUAAAGUCCCUUUGAAGGCCUAAAUGGAAGAGUAACCAAAGACUAUUUCCAUAGAGACAAUCACAAGAAGAGCGGUGCUUAGCUAUAAAGUCAUACUUAGUGCUAAUAUACCAUAUGGCACAGUGUACCAAAGAUAGCUUGUAUAGUUUACAGGGUGUUUCAGCCCAAGUUAAUAAUUGUUUGCAUCAGUGGUACCUUUUUGAAAAGAGAUUAUUAAGGUCAAGGGCGAUAAAAUUAUGAAAGUUGGUAAAUAUGGUGACGUAUUGUGCUGUAUUAAUGAUUUUAAAAGAAAAGGUCACCACAAUCACUGUGGAAUAGCUCAUUUAAUUUUUUUUCUUGCUGUUGUUUUGUUUGUAUAUUUGUUUUUACAUGAUUUUUUUUGUUAAUAUAUUGUGAUGAUUUUAACUUUUUAUCCUCGGUUGUAUUUUUACAUUUCAUCAAAAGUGAUUGUAUUAUUACAGCUGAUUUUGCUGGUAUGAAAAACCACCCAGUGCUUGCUUUACUGAAUAUGUUAUGUAAAUGUUAAAGGUGACAUAUUAUGCCCCUUUUUACAUUAUGUAAUAUAAGUCUUUGGUGUCCCCAGAAUGUGUCUGUAAAUAUCAAAAUACCCCACAGAUCAUUUAUUAUAUCAUUUUGAAAAUGCCUAUACUGAGUGGAAGCAGACACAAGCUGUUUUUGUGCCUAUCUCUUUAAAUGCAAAUGAGCUGCUGCUCCCCUGCCCCCCUUACCAGAAUACAGCUGCGCCAUUACAGCUCGGACCUGUUUUGGUUCUGAUUAUCACGUUUAUAGCGCUGAAAUCAAGCGUUUUAAACCAUAUUAAUUUAAGCUUCUGAUAUAGGGUUUUCUGAGUGCACACAUCUGAAGCACACGGACAGAAAGCGGCUGUCACAGCAUGUGAGUACUAAACUAAGUUCUCAUUCACACACAAGUUUACGUUAAAAACACGAGUUACAAAAACAGUCGGUUGUGUCUGUGAAGGUUUUAGAUCUGUGUGGCAGCAGCAAUAUACAGUAAAUAAAUCAAUAAUUCCACUGCU